UAGAAAAAUCAACUCACAACGAGUCACAAGUUUGAGUCACUGCAGUGAACUGAUCACAGUUUCGUUAGUCACUAAAAUUAUCAGUUAAUCGCGCCAUCUGGCAACGCUCGCGGAUUGAUAAGAUUUAUGUUUUCGGUUGAGGUUGGGUUUGAUGAAGAUUAGAAGGUCAAGAUCGUUUAGUUAGAGUAUCUUUUGGGUGGACAACAAGCACAGCAGAAUGGAGCAUCAAGGAAUGGAAGUAAACAAGACCCUGCCAUAUGACCCCUCGCUGCUGGUGGUCAACAUCUCGCUACGUCAGAUCGAGGAGAUCGCCAUGACCGUCUCCCAGCGCUGCCAUGUGACCGGUGUCAAUGAGGUUGCCUGGGCUUUGCGUGCUCUCAUGCUCACCGAUCUCACCACCCUGGCUGGCGAUGAUACUGCGGCCAAUGUGCGUCGCCUGUGCCUACGUGCCUGCUAUCCCUUCGAGCCGCAGCUGUUCGACAAGUACUUUGAUCGCUCCCUCAUCCCGGAAAUGCACACGGCCGCCGUUUGCGUUUAUCCCGCCCGGGUCAAGGAUGCCUAUCAGACGCUGCAGCAGUACGAUAUGCUGGACAGGGUGGCUAUAGCCGCAGUGGCCACAGGCUUUCCCACCGGACAGUAUGGUCUACAGACGCGUCUGCAGGAGAUUAGCCAUGCCAUUCUGGCUGGAGCCACAGAAAUUGAUAUAGUGAUCAACCGACAGUUGGCUCUCGUGGGAGACUGGGAGGCUUUGUACAACGAGGUGGUUCUCAUGCGCAGCGCCUGCGGGCAGAAGGCGCAUCUGAAGACCAUUCUGGCCAUUGGAGAACUGGGCACCAUGGAGAAUGUCUAUAAGGCCGCCAUGGUAUGCAUGCUGGCUGGAGCGGAUUUCAUCAAGACUUCCACUGGCAAGGAGACCGUUAAUGCCACCCUGCCCGUUGGCCUGGUCAUGAUCUUUGCCAUUCAGGAGUUCAAGCGACGUACCUGCCAGAUUGUUGGCCUUAAGCCGGCCGGCGGAGUGAGAACAGUUCGCGAUGCCAUUGCCUGGAUGACCUUGGUCAAUGAGACCCUUGGCAUUUACUGGCUACGCCCCGAGAGAUUCCGCUUUGGAGCCUCUGGCCUGCUGGACGAUAUUGAGCGCGUGGUGCGCGAAGGUGUGGCCAAGCUGGAGGCAGAGGAGCAGGCCAAGAAUAUACAACCUCCAGAGGACACUGCUGGCGCCGAGGAGUUCUGCAAGGAGCUGCGCAAGAAAAAGGAGGCAAAGUGAGCCUUAGCCAUCACUCACGCAGAGUGUACCAUAUAUUGUAGCAUUUUUUUACAACUGACUAAAACCUAUAAACAAAA